AUGGCUGCUUGUGGGGUGAAAGAGAAGGUGGAAAGUUUGGAUGAAGAGAUAAGAACAGUUGCAUUUGCAAAGUCAGUGAGAGUGGAAUACCUGAACGUAAUCUUCUAAGUAACAGAAGAUAUUCUGAAGCUCAGUGCCUUCCAUAAGAGCAAACUUGGAAGCUGGUGUGAGGCAAACCACCCAGAUGAUGAGUUUGAGAGGCAUGGAAAACAUGGGUUCAUCGCCCCUACCCUGCCAGCAUUCAGUCUUCUGGGCCUGGAGGGGGUUGCAGUCACAUGGGCAGCCACCGACCCCACUAGUGAAUUGGGGAUGGCCUACUCCUUGGAUGGAUACCCAGAAAAGGACAUCCUGAAACAGCUGCUGUUGUGCUACAUCAAAUUGCUGCCUCAAGAGAAGAUUCCAUUUUACCCCUCUGUGCUGGCAGAGGAUUGA